UCUCUUAGGAGAUAGAUGGUGGCGAUGAGACAGCACCCAGUCCAGCCACAGGGAAAACUUUGCUGGAGCCCAAUGCCUGCACUUCCGUUGCACAGGGAGGAAGGGUCACAAACCCUGCAAAGUGCAUCCUGGGUGCACUGGCUGGGCCCGGGGAUUUCCUUUCAAAGGUGACUUAGAGGCACUUCAGGAGGGUAGCGCCCUCCCGGGCGGGUCCUUAAUGGUGAAUUUGGCAGAGUCAGCGAAACUGCGCCCCGGCGGACCUGGCGGCGGGGCAGCGCCCUCUCCCGCGCCCUCGCCCUCUCCCGCGCCAGGCAGCGGCGCGCACGGGGCCAUUUGCAGCCUAGGCAGCCUCGCGAGCAGCCGCUGCGCGCGGGCCGGGAGGGAGGCGGCACCAUGGAGCUGAAGAAGGACAGCAACGCUGUGGCCAUUGACAUGCUGCUCAUCGUGCACUCCGAGAAGCGGCGCGCGGCGCAAGCCACGCACUUGGACACGCAGGCGGACCCGGGCGCGCUGCUACAAAACCGAGGAGGAUUCCAAGGUGUCAGAAACGGAAUCCGAAAGUGGCAAGAGUUGGAAGAAAACGGCUUUCAGGGAAACUUGCCAGAGAAGCAGUUCCUUCAGCAGCCGCAGGUCAUCACCUCCUAUGACAACCAAGGUACUCAGCUGACUGUGGAAAUCCACCCCCAAGAUGCCAUGCCCCAGCUGCUUAAGAAGUUCUCUUUGGCUAAACGUUUACAAGGUGAUAAAAAUGGAAACAUGAGACCCCGGCAACCUGGAGGGAAAGAUGCCCAUGCCUAUCCCUGGGACAGAUCCAGUUUGAAAUCCAUGCCCCUGGACCUCCGGCACUUUGAAAAACUGGAUGCCUCUGCCUCACAGGUGACAGUCAAGAGCGGCCUGAAUGAGCUGGUGAGUGACUUGCUCCAGGAAGCCCACAGCGAUCUGGAAAGGGUCAGAGCCAUCUGGAUCUGGAUCUGCCACCAUAUAGAGUACGAUGUUGAGGCUGCCCAGGAGAAGGACCGCCAGGCCUUCAAACCCACUGACAUCCUGAGGACGCAGAAGACCAACUGUGAUGGUUACGCCGGCCUCUUUGAAAGGAUGUGCAGGGUUGCUGGCGUGCAGUGUGUCACCGUGCCUGGCUACUCCAAGGGCUUCGGCUACCAGACCGGCCAAAGCUUCUCUGGAGAGUUCGACCAUGCCUGGAAUGCUGUGUACCUUGAGGGUCGUUGGCACCUGGUGGACAGCACCUGGGGCAGUGGCCUGGUGGACACCACCACCUCCAAAUUCACCUUCCUCUACAAUGAAUUCUACUUCCUCACCCACCCCGCCCUGUUCAUUGAGGACCACUUCCCAGACAACAAAAACUGGCAACUGCUGAAGCCGCCCCAGUCUCUGAGGCAAUUUGAGAACAACAUGUACCACAAGAGUGAAUUCUACAACAAGGGCAUGUUGAGCGCCCACCCAGAGACAUCCAUGAUCAGAACAGUGAACGGCAAGGCCACAGUCACCAUUGAGAGCCGGGCCCCAACCCUGUUCAUGUUCAUGCUCAACGGCAAGCAGGAACACGGACUCCUGAGCCUCAGGAAGAAUGGGAUGAAGCUGGAGGUGUACCCUCCGACCAUGGGCACCCACAAGUUGCAGAUCUUCGCCAAAGGCAACUCUGAAAUCUACAGCUCGGUGCUGGAAUACACGCUCAAGUGCAACUACGUAGACUUCUCUGUCCGGCUGCCCAGUGAGCUCCACCAGCCCGUGGGCCCCAGCUGGUUCUCAGAGCAGAUGGGCAUCACGAAGCCCUCACACUCUGACCCCAUCAUUCACACGAGCGAUGGUCGCUGCUCCGUCAGCUUCGGCGUGGAAGAGGGCAUCAGUGUCCUGGCAUCCCUUCAUGGCGACGAUGGCCCGAUCACUGAGGAGACACAGCGGCGCUACAUCUUCCAGUUGAACCGAGAGAAGAGGACCGAGCUCAAAGUCCAGCUGCCCCACGCAGGCAAGUUUGCCCUUAAGAUCUUUGUGAAGAAGAGGCAAGAACAAGGCAACUUCGUCUUUGUCUUCAACUACCUCUUGUGCUGCGCCAACACCAAAGUGAACUGGCCUAUGUUCCCCGAGAGCUUCGGCAACUGGGGGCAGGACAAUGAGCUGCUAGAGCCUCUCUCUGGUGUGCUUCCUGCCAAUCGCAACAUAUCCUUCAAACUCAAGCUGCAUGGUAUCGCCAAAGCUCUGGUGAAAGGGCAGGACACGUGGCCCUUGACCCUUAACCCCGAGGGCUACUGGGAGGGCAGCUGCAACACGGCCGGCUGCCAAGAAGUCUACGUCAUGGUGCUAGAGAACGCUAACCACAACUUCUACAGCUACAUCCUGAAAUACAAAGUGAAUGACCAGUGAGGGGCUGCAUUCCCUCCAGUCUCCCAGGGUUACGGCCAGCCCUGCCCAGGGAGGGCCCAAGCUAAGUGCAGAGAGCCCGUGACACCACUAAUCUGCAUGAAACCACUUCUAGGCCUCUGCUUCAGUCUCCCCUGCCUCAGUCUUCCUGCUCUGCCACAGGCACUGAGGAAUUCGGGCUGCCAAAGGCUCACUCAGUGUGGCUGUGGAUGAAGGGACAGAGGCCAGGGCCCUCUGGAAGAAAAAGGUGCUAUGUAAAUCCAAGGUAUUGUGAAGUGUACGCCCCUGCCUGUGCCUGCCCUUGUGUUGUUAGUACUUUGUUGUUAUAGGGCUAGGUGAGAAAAAGCUUUCCCCACGA